GUAUUUGAACUGGACCGUGAAGUCUAAAAGCAUGAGGGUCGUGUUGCUGUUGGCGUGUUUGAUGGCAGGCUGCCUGGCAGAGAAGCCUCAUCCGUGUGCGAGUCCUGCUCUUCUGUCUGGGCUCAUCACUGUGUCCACACAGAAUGAAAAGCUGUGGACCUUUGCCAAAUACCUGUACGAUGCUCUGGGCCACAAAGUGCGCCUCAUGGAGCUGGGCACCUAUGAAAACAAAUCCUUCACCUAUGAUGCACUGCUACUCUUCAGAGAGAAUGUUAUGUAUGAAAUUCAUGAACAUAAUCGGACAUGUAAGAAGAAGCCUUUGAAGGCGGACUUCCAGCCACUGGUUAUUCCCAAAGAUGCAACUUUGGUGGGUCAGUUUGUCCUGGGCAGCUCAUCUGGACCUGGAGAGGGUCUGCUGAUCAACACCUGGACAGGAGAUCUGCCUGACAAAACAGGAAAGUAUGUGAGCUCGGUCACUGAGUUUGGUUGCAUUCCUGUCACCACUCUCUUUCAAACUGAGCAGUUUGGAUGGGUGGUGACCAGCUACGUCAACAACAUCAAGGGGAUUACAGACCCCAGUCAACUCAACCCACCAGACUUCUGCCAUGAUGAAGAGUCAAAGGACAACAAUGAGGAGCCAGCAAACUUCCUCAGUCUGUUUCUGCCCAAGAUAUAAAGGCUAUCUUUAUUUAUAAAGCUUUGCCUGACAAAACCACAAUAAAUGUUGUUAAAUUCUCA